AUGUUCAAUUCUGUAAUAUCAUAUCAGAAUCGAGUCAAUCAGCAACAACGUCAACGUCGGAAAAAGCGAAAAGCUUCAUUAGAUGUCAUUAACAAUGUCGAUUCUUGCAUUUCGUCAUCUGAUGAUGAUGUAGUUAUAAGUAACAACGUAGAUGAUCGAAUGGAAAGUCAUAAAGAAAAUGCUCAAAAGUAUGACACUCCUGAAAUUAUUCAACAUGAACAUGACGAAUUAUUAUAUUCCGAUAAUUUCAAUUCAACUAAUGAUAUAUACAUUUCAAGCGACGAUGAUACUGAUUAUAAUGAAGAUUUUGUUGAUACAUCUCAUGAUUCGAGUUCACCAUUAUAUGAAAAUUCUAAUAUUUCAGUUAAAACUGCUGCUUCAAGAAUAAUGUCUGUGGCUAUUGAAUUUAAUCUUUCAAAAAAUGUUAUUGAACGUGUAUUCAAAAUUAUCAAAACGCUCCUGCCAAUUCCAAAUCAUUUACCUACAACACAUUCAUCUAUACUUAAAUUAAUUGGUACAAAAUCAAUAUCAUCGUCUAAAUUUUAUUGUAAUUCUUGUCUUAAAUUAUGCGUAUUUUCGAUUAGUGUUAGAACUCAAUUGUUUUUAGCUGACUUACCAGCCAAAGCUCUGUUUUGGAAAACUAUAAAUUAUAACGGAUAUAAUGCGUGUGCUCAUUGCUUAAGUGAAGGCAUAUAUAAAAAUCGGCAAUUAUUAUACCCAUAUAGUAAAAAUAGUUAUCGACAACGAACGCAUACUGAAUUUUUAGCAACUGCACAAGCAAUUGAUUAUCGUAUAUGCAGUGGGAAAAAAGGUGGUAGCAUUGAUGGUAUUAAAGGUAAGUCUCCUUUGUUGAAAAUAUUUGAAUACCCCAAACAAGUAAUAAUUGAUUAUAUGCACUUAUGUUGUUUGGGGCACAUGUCGUCACUGAUUGAACGUUGGUUACCUAUGUUGGAUAAUCUUGCACUUGAUGAUAUAAAUUCAAAAUUAUAUUCUCAACGAUUUUCUCACAACAUGCAUGUUAAAUUUAAUUAUUCUUUAAACUUAUACAGCGAUUGGAAAGCAAAGCAUUUUCGAACGUUCAUUUUAUUCAUUGGUCUUCCUUAUGUUAUAACUCGUCUACCAUCACUUGUUGCAUCACAUUUUUCUUUAUAUUCAAUGUUCAUUAAAUUACUACAUUGUCCGACAUCAAUGGACGAAAUUAUAUUAGCAGAUAAAAUUAUACAUUACUACUGUCAAACAGCACCUCAAAUAUAUGGCGAAACUAUAGAAUUAUUUUCACUUCAUGCUCAUCUGCAUUUACCACAACAAGUUUUAACACAUGGUGCUUUGUGUUUCACAUCGGCCUUUUGCUUUGAAAGUGUAAUACGCCAUAUUAAGAAAAAAGCUCACGGAACAAGAGAGCUUGCUACGCAAAUAGCUGAUUGGAUACAUGUUGGUACAAUUACUAAUCCAUCACCUGUCCAGCUUCCGAUACCAAUGGGUAUUAACGAUAUCGAUAUUAAUGAUUCCAGUUUCGAUACAUACCGACAUAAUUUCGUAAGUGCUUUGCACGAAUUCAUUCAGGAUGACAAUGGUAUCAUUUUGUAUUUACGAUUUAAAAAUACAUUUGUCACUUAUCAUUCAAUUUUAUACGACUUACGAUUUAAUUGUUCAAGUUACAUAGUUUCAUAUAAAGAUGCAGAUUGUUCAAUUCAAUAUGGUGGCAUUGUUAUCUUUUUCAAAUACAAGGAAAAUUAUUAUGGUUAUGUUCAGAAAUAUGCAUCUACAGAAAAGAAUAUAAAUGAUUACGUUUCAGUUCCUAUAGAAUUAAAAGAAAAGUUGAAUGAAAUUUUUCCAAUAAGACGUAAAACUCAAUCAUACGCUAUUGUACCUGUUAAUAGUAUUCACCACAAAUGCAUUCAAGUUGAACAUCAAGAUCACAUGUUCCUUUCUGAAAUACGUUUAGAUUAUGAACAUGAUUAA